AUGCUCCCGAUAAUCUUGGAAGCAGCUUUUCAUAGGCAUAAUGCUCUUCCUUUCUCAGAUGUCUUUUCUGCACUUGGGUGGUUCAUAUCAUAUGCAGAACCGCCUGUGGCAGACCUUGAGCGCACCCAAUUUCGCCUCUUAUGCUACACCCGACUCUGUUACAACUUAGGGAAGGAGAUCGGUAAAAUCAAGCCUAAGAAAGCCAAAAAGCCAUACUUUCCAACUGUCACACACGUAUUUAUUGAAGGGAACUGGACUGCCCUUACUACUGAGGAGAAUAGGUCAACCCUUCACCUUACCAUGUCACUUUCUUCUUCUCUUCCGGUUUCUACAGCUGGGAAAAAAUAUCCCGAUGCAAAAAUCAUACUGAGGCAGAAAAGGCUAGAAGCUCUUGGGAACAUCAGGAAUUCGCCAUGGAUGCAGCAGGCUCCUACUAUGAGAGAAGUUACACAAGGGAUGUAUCAGACAAACCAAGGAAUGGCAGGAAAUUGUGCUGAGACACUCAAUCUAGCAAGUGGAGUGUCACAGCAAGACAUGGGUACUGGUUGGACCUAUGGUAAUCUCCCAGCCGGUUAUGCUGAAGAUGAUAACUGGCCUGUGAGACAAAGUUCCUCCAACAGACCUGAUUGGGGUUAUAAUGAGUAUUCAGAAGCAAGGUCGAGUCAAGAAGGCACACUCCCAAUGCUAGCAGGUCGACCAGUAAAUGGUUCUCCAGAUUACUGGAGGAAUGUAGGCCAGGGUCAUGCCUUUGUUGUACUGCGAAGAUAG